AUGGCCAACUUUCUUGCUUCCAUUUUCGGUACCGAGCUUGACAAGGUCAACUGCUCUUUCUACUUUAAAAUCGGCGCUUGUCGUCACGGUGAUCGCUGCUCGCGAAAGCACGUCAAGCCUUCCUACAGUCAGACCAUCCUGAUGCCAAACUUGUACCAGAACCCGGCAUACGACCCCAAGAACCGAAUGAACCCUUCUCAGCUCCAGAACCACUUCGACGCAUUCUACGAGGAUAUCUGGUGUGAACUUUGCAAGUAUGGCGAGCUCGAAGAGCUCGUUGUCUGCGAUAAUAAUAACGAUCAUCUGAUUGGUAACGUUUAUGCUCGAUUUAAGUACGAAGAAUCUGCCCAAAAGGCUUGUGAUGAGCUCAACAGCCGGUGGUACGCUGCCCGCCCGAUAUACUGUGAACUGAGCCCCGUUACCGAUUUCCGCGAGGCCUGUUGUCGACUUAACUCGGGCGAAGGCUGCGUUCGAGGAGGGUUCUGCAACUUCAUCCAUCGCAAGAACCCGAGCGAGGAGCUCGAUCGCGACCUUACUCUCAGCACAAAGAAGUGGCUUAAGCAGCGCGGCCGCGAUGAGAGGAGUGCGUCGCGUUCACCUACACCCGAACCUACGAGACGCCGCUACUAG